AUGGAUUCAUCCUCGCUCCAUGCCGUCAAGAGGGAUUCCAACGCACCCAUGGUUCUGGAAAAGCAGAAUGGGACUUCCCGACCGUCUCCGCCUAUUCCAGGUCGGCGGAACAAGGCUCGUCCCAUGGCGCUGGCGUUGAUGGGAUUGGCCGGUUUUUUGUGGUUGAUGCUGCCUGACAGAGUCCAUCAGUCAACAACAAAGGGAGAGAAGAACGCACCACCGCCGGCGUUCAGUUGGGACCAGAUUACACCUUCUAAAUCUCUGGAAUACCAUGAUUGCUUCGACGGCUUCCAGUGCGCCCGACUUGAGGUGCCUAUGGACUAUCAUCGAGAGAACGGUCACGGCCGUCAGAUGGCUAUUGCCAUUGCGCGCUUACCUGCAAAGGUCCCGGUGACGGACUCCCGGUAUGGCGGUGCAGUUCUAAUCAAUCCCGGGGGCCCUGGCGGUUCUGGUGUCGGAGAGGCUUUGUUGUCCGGUCGGGACAUGCAGACGAUCAUUGAUGCGGAAGCCGAUCCUGCAUUGCCCACGAAAACUGCGAACUCGUCGGCUCGAUACUUUGAUAUCAUCGGCUUUGAUCCACGUGGCGUUAACAACACAACUCCCGGGUUCAGCUGUUUCCCCGAUUCAUUUUCGCAGAGGAACUGGGAGCUCCAGGUGGAGGCGGAUGGCAUGCUGGGUAGUUCCGACGAUUCCCUCAUGCGCAGUUGGCAGCGUGCCCUUGCUCUUGGCGCUGCUUGCUCCCAGGCACUACAGUCCGCGCCGGAGGGGACUGAUGAAGCUCUCGGGGAGCAUCUUAAUACACCGCCAGUUGCGAGGGAUAUGCUCGAAAUCAUUGAGCGACAUGGUGAAUGGCGGGAAAGGCAAGGUCAGGUCGAACAAAGGGAGUACGAUCGCACCUACGGGUAUGACCAACAACAGAGAAUCGUGGCACGAACCACGUGGAAGAGAGGACAAGAGAAGCUUCUGUACUGGGGCCGUUCGUACGGAACUGUGCUCGGAAGCACCUUUGCGACGAUGUUUCCUGAUCGGAUCGAGCGUGUUCUACUGGACGCCGUGGUUGAUGUCAACAAGUACUACACUGGGGAAGGACCUGACUCGAUUGCUGAUGCUGACGCAAUCUUCGACCGUUUUGCAUUCUACUGCGACAUUUCGGGGCUAGAUGGAUGUCCCUUCUAUACGCAAGGAGGCCCUGCAGCCAUCAAAGCCGCAUAUCUGGAACUAGAAGCGGCGCUAUACAACGCAUCACUGCCAGUAGCACCGUCAGCCACGCGGGGGCCUGAAGUCCUUACGUGGACCGAUCUGAAAUCUGUUCUUCGCUACUCGGUGUACCAACCUCUACUUGUAUUUCCUCUGCUAGCACACUACGCAAAGUCACUGGCCGAGGGUGAUGGGUCUCCGAUGGCCGACUUCAAACAGCGAUCUCGCUCGCCUUCGUGUCCAUCUAACCAAUGCAUGCGAACAGGGCCGUGGUCUGACAAGUGUCUUGAGAAAGGGGCGAAUGAACUCUAUGCCAUGUCGGCAAUCUUAUGCUCCGAUGCCCCAUAUCUACACAUGGACCAAGCACGUUUCCAAGAAGCAUGGGCGUCUCAGAAAGCCCUGAGUUUUACCUUGGGGGAUUAUUGGGCUGCUGCCACUGCACUAGGUGCGAAGAAGAUGUCUAAAAACUUCCCUGCAUCAGUCGUACUCCAACAAGACUCGGAAGGACACACCACCUUAGCCGCACCAUCGCUGUGCGUGAGCAAGGCUAUUCGCGCUUAUUUCCAGAGCGGCGUGUUGCCCGAUCCGGGAACUGUCUGCGGUGCCGACUUGAAGCCGCUGUUGGGGAAGUCAGGGUCCUUUCAGGCAAUGAACGCUGCAGAUAGAGCCAUGUACGACGCGUUGAUGAAUAUGGUUGCUCAAGCCAACCAACUGAGCCGAAGGCUGCCGUUCACCUAA